GCUGGAGCCUCGAGAAUGAACUGCAAGGAGGGGGACGGCAGCAGCUGUGGCUGCGGGGGCCCCGAGGAGAAGACGAUGCUGAAGUGCGUGGUGGUGGGCGACGGCGCCGUGGGGAAGACCUGCCUGCUGAUGAGCUACGCCAACGACGCCUUCCCGGAGGAGUAUGUGCCCACCGUGUUUGACCACUACGCAGUUACUGUGACAGUGGGAGGCAAGCAACACUUGCUCGGACUGUAUGACACCGCAGGACAGGAGGACUACAACCAGCUGAGGCCGCUCUCCUACCCCAACACCGAUGUAUUUUUGAUCUGCUUCUCUGUCGUAAAUCCUGCCUCUUACCAUAACGUCCAGGAGGAAUGGGUCCCGGAGCUGAAGGACUGCAUGCCUCACGUGCCUUACGUCCUCAUAGGGACCCAGAUUGACCUCCGCGAUGACCCCAAAACCUUGGCCCGUUUGCUGUAUAUGAAAGAGAAACCUCUCACUUACGAGCACGGUGUGAAGCUUGCAAAAGCGAUCGGAGCACAGUGCUACCUGGAAUGCUCCGCCCUGACUCAGAAAGGUCUCAAAGCGGUUUUUGAUGAAGCAAUCCUCACCAUUUUCCACCCCAAGAAAAAGAAGAAACAGUGCUCCGAGUGUCACAGCUGCUGUUCAGUUAUCUGA